AUGUACGUCAGUGUCCUUCCUGCAUCCAACAUCAGCCUGAGGACAUUCAUCGGCUGUGCCGUCAGAGAGUUCACAUUCCUGGCGAAGAAACCUGGUUGCAAAGGGUUGCGUAUCAGUACUGAUGCCUGCUGGGGAAGGUGUGAGACCUGGGAGAAGCCAGUGCUUGACCCUCCGUACGUGGAUGCCCACCACCGAGUGUGUACUUACAAUGAAACCAGGCUAGCCACAGUGAAGCUGCCCAACUGUCGCCCCAACGUAGAUCCCUACUACACCUACCCCGUGGCAUUGAGAUGUGACUGCAGUGGCUGCUCUACUGCAUCCACUGAGUGUGAGACUCUGUGA